UACAUGUUCAUGGUUAACAAUGUCGGUCAACAAGUCACAGAUCACAAUGAUCAUGUGUUCGCCAGCGUGUACGAAAUACAGUGGUACGUAACUCCCUUACAAAUACAGAAGAUGGUACUUUUCAUGCUGCAAAGAGGCAGUAAGACCUAUUAUUUGCAGCUCGGUAGUCUUUUUGCAGUAUCUUUGAAAGGUUUCACGUCGCUGAUGAGCGCUUCGAUAUCUUAUUUCACCUUUAUCUAUUCGACGCGACAAUGA